AAUAGGAGAGCAGAAAGCUUAGAGACCAAGGCCCUUUGGAGGCAAACAAAGAUGAUGCUGGGAGGACGAGGAGGAGGAGGAGGAGGAGAUGGGGACGCCCUGAGCGGGCGGAUCGCGAUGAUUGCGGGGCUGCCGCCGCAGCCGAACAGAUCUUGGCAGCAGCAGCAGCAGCAGAUGAGGAUGGGGAAGGAGGAGAAGGUGGCGCAGGCACAAUGGAGCGAGUCGGAGACGAGGGAGCUGAUCGGUAUCAGGGGGGAUCUGGAGCGGGACUUGACGGUGGCAAGAUGGAACAAGACCCUCUGGGAGGCGGUGGCCGCCCGGAUGAGGGAGAAGGGCUACCGCCGCACCUCCGACCAGUGCAAGUGCAAGUGGAAGAACCUCGUCAAUCGCUACAAGUUUGGCUUUGUUACCCAGGAUACAGAGACAGCUGAUCCAGAAAACGGCAGGCAAUGCCCAUUCUUCGAAGAGCUUCAUGCGGUAUUCACGGAACGGGCAAGAAACAUGCAGCGCCUCCUCCUAGAGUCUGAAUCCAGUGCCUCGCAUUCGAAGAAGAAACUAAAGAGGCUCGGUGUGGACCGAUCCUCCGGUGAAUUCUCUGAGGAUGAUGAUGAGGAUGAUGAGGACAGCGAUGACGAGCACCUCUCGAAGGGCAGAAAGAAGAAGGCUGAUAAAGGGGCACAUCAGCAGCAGCGGACAAAGGCAUCCGGCGGCAUCCAUGAGCUGCUGCAGGAGUUCUUGCAGCAGCAGCAGCGUGUGGAGGUCCAGUGGAGGGAGUUGAUGGAGAGGAGGGCCCUGGAGCGCCGGGCUUUCGAGCAGGAGUGGCGGCAGUCAAUGGAGAAGCUGGAGAGGGAGAGGGUGAUGCUGGAGCAGGCAUGGAGGGAGAGGGAGGAGCAGAGGAGGAUGAGGGAAGAGAGCAGGGCAGACAAGAGGGAUGCACUUCUAACCACCCUGUUGAAUAAGCUCAUCCAGGAUGACUUCUGAGAGAGGCUGGGAUUGUCGGAUUGUUUGCUUGGUCUCUCUAUUUGUCUGGGGCUUGGAGUUUCGCAGUUGAUCUUGAGGAAGCUUAGGUUAGGCUUGGACACAGUAUCAUAUGUAUGUUUUUUUUAUGCUUACACACAGCAUAGAUGUAAGUUUUUUUUUUUUCCCUUUGUUUCGAAUACUUUAGAUUGGAAAUAAAUUGAUUUUACAUGUAA